ACAUAUAAUGCAAAGAUUCAGAAAUACAAGGAUAAAUUGCCAAACCUGUACUUAUCAUAGAAAUCUGAAAAAUACUUUUUUUCCAUAGGUGGGCAGAUCAGAAAGAAUAAAUAAGGAUAAAGAGGAUUUGAAUAACAUAAUUAACAAGCUUGACCUACUAACUACAUGUAAGGAAACAGAUUAUAAGUUUCUUUGUAAGUUCCCACAGAAUAUUUAGUACUUACCAGCACACACAUGAACAUCUUAGAUUUAUUGAAAAAGUACGUUUUCUGGGGAUAUAUUAAAAUAUUAAUGGUUUAGGUUACAACCUCAAGAAAAAGUGUCCAUAUUUGGAAUAAGCAAGAAAAGGCAGGAUGUUUCAAUCAAGUUUUGCAAACAGAGAAAAGCCAGCCACAAGGGAGAACACCUCGGCCCCUGCGUGGCUCAGGCGGGGUCCCUCGAGCUCUGGGGCCCCCAGGCCCAUCUGUCUUGUCAGCAGUCUUCUGUUUCUGGGUUAAGGAGCUCAGCCUUCUCAGAUGUGGCUUGAGAAACACAGCCUCCUAAUGUCAUAAUCCAGGAGAGUAAGAAGACUUAGAAGUGGGGAUGGGGCAGGAGUGAGCAGCAGAGAGACAGUCUUUAGGGCUUGGGCGUGGGCGUGAGGGAGACACCCAGCUGAGCAAUCUCCCCCUUCAAAUCCUCAUCCCAGGCCUGAUCUGACUGAGGUCAAGGGCUGCCUACUGCCAGGAGGCGGGGAGCCCUGAGGGCUUGGCCAGGGCUGGGGAUAUCACCACUGCUGCUGUGAGGAGGUGUGCAGGACUAGGCCUGCACCUUAUCUAUCAGACUCCAGACUUGGAAGAAAUCAGACCAGCCUGGGAUCGCUCAGCCAACUCUGAAGACACGAUGAGGUUCACACCUGUGUGUUAAAGAGGUUUCUGCCUCGUUGUGGCUCAUAGUGAAAAAUUCCAAAGAAGACUCCCACUUCCUUUUGUCAGCAAACAGUUCACUCUCUUUUGGACCUACUAUCUGUGUCCUGCAGAAAUAUCGUACUUACGCCAUGGGAAGCGGCAGCUCCACCCAACAUCAUUUUGCUUUCCAGAAUGCAGAGAAAGCCUUCAAGGCAGCGGCCCUGAUCCAGAGAUGGUACCGGCGCUACGUGGCCCGCCUGGAGAUGAGGCGUCACUGCACCUGGAGCAUCUUCCAGUCCAUAGAGUAUGCUGGGCAGCAAGACCAGGUCAAGCUCCACAAUUUCUUCAGCUACCUAGUGGACCACUUCACCCCCAGCAGUCACAACGAGAGGGACUUCCUGAACCGCAUGUUCACCGAGGAGAGAUCUCCGCAGGACUCCGAGAUGGAGAAGAGCAGUGACUAUGAGUCCAUCGAGGUACCGGACAGUUACACGGGGCCUCGCCUGUCCUUCCCGCUCCUUCCCGACCACGCAACUGCCCUGGUGGAAGCUUUCAGACUGAAACAAAGGCUGCAUGCUCGCUACGUCCUGAAUCUUUUGCAUGAAGCCAGGAGACAUCUGGUACAACUGCCGAACAUCAGCCGGCUCUCCACCUGCUACAGCGAGGAGAUCACAGUGUGUGGAGAUUUACAUGGCCAGUUGGAUGACUUAAUAUUUAUAUUUUAUAAGAAUGGUCUCCCAUCACCAGAGCGGGCCUAUGUGUUCAAUGGUGACUUUGUGGAUCGAGGGAAGGAUUCCAUAGAGAUCCUGAUGAUUCUCUUUGCCUUCAUGUUGGUUUACCCAAAAGAAUUCCAUCUUAACCGAGGAAACCAUGAGGACCAUAUGGUGAACUUACGAUACGGCUUCACCAAGGAAGUGAUGCAAAAAUAUAAGAUACAUGGCAAGAAAAUACUUAAAAUACUACAAGAUGUGUUCUGUUUGCUUCCGCUGGCCACUCUGGUUGAUGAGAAAGUCCUGAUUCUUCAUGGUGGAGUGUCAGACACGACUGACUUGGAGCUCUUGGCCAAACUAGACAGGCACAAGAUUGUUUCCACCUUGAGAUGCAAAACGAGAAAGGAGAGUAAGAAACAGGCGGAGGAGAAGGGAAAAAACAACCAGAAGAGCUCUGCCGGGAGACCCUCCCCGUGGUUUCUCCCCCAAAGUCGCUCUCUCCCCUCCUCGCCUCUGCACCCCAGCGCCCACAAGGCCGCCAGAGCUGGGCGCUCCUCCAGCGUCCCCUGCAGCAUCGCCCCGGACCCCAAAGAGCUCUCCCGGCAGGUGCGGCGCUCCGUGGACCUGGAGCUGGGGAGGUGCCGGCGGCAAGCGGGCUUCCCAGCGAUCGAGGAGAAGGAGGAGCCCGUGCCCUCGGCAUCGGAAGCGGAGGAGCGGCUGGAGCCCACGCAGGAGGAGUGGAGGCAGGUGGUGGAUAUACUGUGGAGUGACCCCAUGGCUCAGGAGGGCUGCAAAGCCAACACUGUCCGAGGGGGAGGCUGUUAUUUUGGGCCUAACGUGACAGAACGGCUGCUACAGAAAUACAGUCUGCAAUUCUUGAUCCGCUCACACGAGUGCAAACCCGAAGGCUACGAAUUCUGCCACAACCGCAAGGUGUUAACCAUCUUUUCUGCCUCCAACUACUAUGAAGUUGGCAGUAACAGAGGAGCCUAUGUCAAACUGGGGCCAGCUUUGACCCCACACAUCGUGCAGUUUCAAGCUAACAAGGCGACUCACAAGCUCACCAUGAGGCAGAGGAUUAGCAGAGUGGAGGCGUCAGCUCUGAGAGCCCUGCGGGAGAAGUUAUUUGCCCAUUCCUCAGAUCUUCUUGUUGAAUUUAAGAAGCAUGACAAAGAUAAAACUGGUUUAGUCACCUUGAGUGACUGGGCAGCAGCUGUGGAGUCUGUGUUGCAUCUGGGACUGCCAUGGCGGAUGCUGCGGCCGCAGCUGGUGAACAGCUCAACGGAUAACAUGCUGGAAUACAAGUCCUGGCUGGAGAACUUGGCCAAAGAAAAAUUGAGCCACGAGAACAUACAGUCAAGUUUGCUGGAAACACUGUAUCGAAACCGAUCCAACCUGGAGACCAUUUUUAGGAUCAUAGACAGUGAUCAUUCAGGGUUCAUCUCACUGGACGAGUUCAGGCAGACCUGGAAGCUGUUCAGCUCUCAUAUGAACAUUGACAUCACAGAUGACUGCAUCUGCGACCUUGCCCGGAGCAUUGACUUCAACAAGGAUGGCCACAUUGACAUCAAUGAGUUCCUGGAGGCCUUCCGCCUUGUGGAGCAGUCCUGCUCAGAGGGCGAUGCCUCAGACUGCCCACGAACCACAAACACCAACAGCAGUGCCUGCAGCAGCCCAGGCGCACACUAAGGCCAGCCUGGUCUCCAUCGUCCGAGGUGCCUCAUGAGCAGUGCUGAGCUCGUUGCCAGAAUAGUUCCCUUAUUCUCCAGAAACUGUGGAACUUUAUGCUGUGGCUUUGCCUACCAACAUGCAUCAGAAUCACCUGUAUUCUUGGGGUGGAGGGUGAAGUUAGAGUGUGUGUGUAUGUAUUUUAAAUAUGUAGGUGCCCUAGCCCCAUCUCAGAAUUUUCACAAGGUAGUACUGAGAUGUAUUUUUAAAUUCUCAAGUCUAUCCCAGUUAAGAACUACUAAUUCAACUCCUUCAUUGUUUUCAUUAUAAAAACAAUAAAUAAAAGAUAUGUAAUGUCUUAUUAGUAAAGGAAA